UCCGCAUCGGGCGGCCGGCGGCGGAGCCCGGGACCAGGAGACCUGGGGUCCCGGCAGCGGGGCGGCCCGCGGGCCCGAGGCGGCGAUGCACCGCCGCGGGGUGGGAGCCGGCGCCAUCGCCAAGAAGAAGCUGGCUGAGGCCAAGUAUAAGGAGCGAGGGACUGUCUUGGCGGAGGACCAGCUGGCGCAGAUGUCAAAGCAGCUGGACAUGUUCAAGACCAACCUGGAGGAAUUCGCCAGCAAACACAAGCAGGAGAUCCGGAAGAAUCCCGAGUUCCGGGUGCAGUUCCAGGACAUGUGCGCGACCAUUGGGGUGGAUCCUCUGGCCUCUGGAAAAGGAUUUUGGUCGGAGAUGCUGGGAGUGGGGGACUUCUAUUAUGAGCUGGGUGUCCAGAUUAUCGAAGUGUGCCUGGCCCUGAAGCAUCGCAAUGGAGGUCUGAUCACUCUGGAAGAACUACAUCAGCAGGUGUUAAAAGGAAGAGGCAAGUUCGCGCAGGACGUCAGCCAAGAUGACCUCAUCAGGGCCAUCAAGAAACUCAAGGCGCUCGGCACCGGCUUCGGCAUCAUCCCCGUGGGCGGCACUUACCUCAUUCAGUCUGUUCCAGCUGAACUCAACAUGGAUCACACCGUGGUGCUGCAGCUGGCAGAGAAAAACGGUUACGUGACUGUAAGUGAAAUCAAAGCCAGUCUUAAAUGGGAGACCGAGCGUGCGCGCCAAGUGCUGGAACACCUGCUGAAGGAAGGGCUGGCCUGGCUGGACUUGCAGGCCCCAGGAGAGGCCCACUACUGGCUGCCAGCUCUCUUCACUGACCUCUACUCCCAGGAAAUCACAGCUGAGGAGGCCAGAGAAGCCCUCCCCUGAGUGUGGAAGGGCGCACAGCAACAGGCAGGGACAAGAGGGAAGGCCUGUUGGGAAGUAAACCUGGGCAACUUUGUAUAUAUAUAUAUAUAUACAUAUAUAAAAGAAAAAAAAAGUUCCA